GCAAAUGUGUGGUUGUUGGGUACCCUGUCAAUCAAAGUGCAUUUACAAAACUUAUGAGAGAACAGAAGAAUGAAGUGGAUGAUGAAGAAGAUUGCAGUUCGACUGAUGAUGAUGAAUGGGAUGACUCUGAAGAGUCAUCUACUCAGUGCAAUAGUUACGAAUCACUUAGUGAUGAGGAACAGAAUGAAAUACUUUGGAAAUCUUUCUUUACAACAGACAUCUACAAUCCAUGGAAUUUUUCUGCACAACUUACUAGUUCUUCCACAAGAAGAGUCGCUGAAGAUUUAAAGGAACAGUGUUUAGAAAAGAAUGUGAAGAGGAAAGCCAGCACAGCUAAAGUAAAUGUAUCAUUUGCACAGAAACCAAUUUUAUCACAGAGGCAUUUCCAACACUUUUGCAAACUUGGUGCUGGGGAAAAUGUCAAAUUACAUGUGUGGAGAAAGUCAUCGAAAUGCACUAAACUCGAAAAAGGCAACGUCAUGGGUAAACCAACCAGUAAAAAGCUGAGAUUUUCUCCUGUUGUUGAAGUUCACACAAUGGUGGCGUGGUCCUUCGCUUUGCGUGAAGCUCGGAAGGGACAUUGGAUACAGGCAGCUCAUGACAGAUUAAGGUUCCUAGACAGGGUGCGGAACACAGAAAUGGCAAUUGGUUAUUGUCUCCAAAAGGAUCACAGAUUGAAAAUCUGGGAAAAAAUUCACAAUUCACAGAAUUAUGUAGUGUAAUUCUGUAGCCACUGAGUGUAAAAAGGACUUGAUGGACUGUGAUCUCCUUUUUACCAUUUAGAUUAUAUGGUUAUAACA